AUGGCAACCAAGAUGGUGGUUCAACAGCCCAGGCCAUUGGUAGUGGCUGCUGCAUCAGACCAGUGGAGCACCAGCAUCUGCGAAUGCGACAACGUCAAUGAAUGUUGUUUCUCUGUGUGGUGUUUCCCUUGCUUUGCCUGCAUUACAGCCAGAGACCACGGGGAAUGUCUCUGUCUCCCUCUCCUGGACAGCUGCGGGUGUAUUCCCCCAGUCACUCUCUCCAUGAGGGUUUCCACACGCCGGCGUUACGGCAUCACAGACUCUAUCUGCAAUGACUGUGUGUACUCUUUCUUCUGCGGACCGUGCUCAUGGUGUCAGAUCAGACGGGAGAUGAAGGCAAGACUCCAUCCUAUCACUCUGUUUAACAACAGGCCUACCUAAAGUUCACCGUCAUCUUCCACACCUUCAUUAUUAUUUUCACAGUACAUUCUCUGAAGCACACUUUGUCCUUAUCGGAUCACUUACAACAAGACUUGCUUGUUCUGCGGUUAUAAUCGCAGUUCUUGAUCUUCC